GUCUGCAGCAGAGGCAGCAGCGACUCAGGACCCGGAGUGAGCGGCGGCUCCCCAUCCUGCACGGACAGGGGAGGCAAUAACAACAUUAACCUGACGCAUUUUAUGGACUUGAAGAACGACAUAUAACAUUCCAUUACCACACAAAUGUCCCUCUUCUCUGUUUUUGUUUUGUUUUUAAAAAGUAAGAUACUUUAGACAGGCUAUGGCUUCAUCCGUGAGUGGCACAGAGGAGGUCCGGGUGUCGGCGUUGACGCCCCUGAAGUUGGUGGGACUGGUGUGCGUGUUUCUCGCCCUGUGCCUGGAUGUCGGGGCCGUGCUGAGCCAGGCAUGGGUCACGGCGGACGACCAGUACUACCUGUCCCUGUGGAUGUCCUGCUGGAAGCCCGUCAGCUCCGUGGCGUGGUCCUGCAACAGCACGCUGACCACCGACUGGCAGAUCGCCACGCUGGCCCUGCUGUUGGGGGGGGCAGCCCUCACCCUGCUCUCCUUUCUCGUGGCUCUGGUGUCCCUCUGCUUCGGCUCCAGGAGUCGCUGCUACAAGCCUGUGGCGAUCAUGCUCUUUACUGCAGUGGUGCUUCAGGUGUGCAGCUUGGUCCUGUUCCCCAUCAAGUUCAUAGAGACGGUCAGUCUGAGAGUGUACCACGAGUUUAACUGGGGCUAUGGCCUUGCAUGGGGAUCCACCAUCUUCUCUUUCGGAGGAGCCAUCCUCUACUGCCUGAACCCCAAGAACUAUGAAGACUACUACUAAGAUAUGUGAGACAAGAAGAGAAAUUCGGGACUUUCCGUUUUACCAGUGUCCUCUCAGCAAUAGGGACGUUCUGUCUGUUACACAAUUCACAACCACAGACUAGAAAAAAUAGGAAAAACAAAUGCUUAUUGUUAGUUUCAGGGCUGGAAACAAACUCUUACAUUUGAUACUGUGAACACAUUAUGUCAAAGACUCUCUAUCCUCACUCACUGGACUGAAGCCACAUGCUCUCUUAGUGGCAACAGAGUCUUGGCAGCUUACCAAGCUACAAAAAAGAGACCAGGCAGUUUAAUUUGGGAGAGAAUGCCAUCAGUCAGAUAUGUCUGCGUCCCCUUUAAGUGGCACUCCAGUAGGUCUUAGAUUUCUGCAGAAAAUCUAGAGGGAACAGAUGGAUCCACUGACACCAUACCAAGAUGAAAAGGUGGACUAAUUAACCAAUCAGAGCAGAGAAGGCAAACAAGGAUAUGAACUCGGGCCAAUCAGGGAAUUAACGGAUCCAGGGAGGAAAAUGUCCUUUUGAAGUGAUAUCCUGAGGAUGACAAAGUGAGUCACCGUGCAGCAAACAGGGCGCACAUAAGGAAAUACAACACACCGCAUUUCCACAGAUACACCGCAACUGCAGCUUCUUCCUCCAGUAGAGUGAAAUAGAUGUGUGAAAGCUCCAGUGGCUUUAUUUUCUCCUGUGCCAUUUUUAAUCUAUUAAAAGGGUGGUACUUGUAAUAAACACGAGUAAGACAGUAAAAACAUUCCACAGGCACCUUCCAAAUGAUAUCAUACUGGUGAGAGGAACAUACACUGGUCAAUGAGUAGCACAGUCUUUCACAUGUAUUCAGUGGUUAAUCCUUUGGCCACUAAUGUAAACCUGCAGCAAGUUACACCUGCUUUUUGAUAAAGUUGUUGUAUUAUAUGUAAGUAUGUGCAGUAAGCUUAAUAAAAUAAUAGUCAUUCCAAGCAGGCCAGUGGGAAGGAAUAUGGCAAAUGACCAUGUCUGCUGAGUGUGUGCGCUUGUUUGCAUGAUCAUACCACCCAGCAUGUGCUCGCACACCUCCCCAUGUGAUGCCUCCUUAUCUUUCCACUGUGCAGGAAAUGCUCCCAGUAGAGUAGGCACCAUUAAGAAUGUUUCUCCAGCAUGGAGAGACUGUAGCGCAACAAUCACUGUAGUUAUUGAAAAAUUCUUAGUUUGUGAAUCAAAGCUAAGUGCCAUGAUACAACAGUAGAAGAAAUGCCAGAUGUGCUGUGCAUGAAGUGUGAUGAAGACUGCAGCAUCAAUCAAGUUGAAACUGGAAAAUUGUAAGACAGUGUGGACAUGAGAGGUGAGGUCUGUGCAGAUCUGGUAAUGAGUCAUCUCAAACCUCAUUCAAGGUGGUUAGAAACUAUUCCAAUUCCUUCUUUUAGUAAAAGUGAGCAAGUGUGUGCAUGCCACUACCAUUCUCUGCUGUGUUUCUGAAUCCCACUGGUUUAAUUAUUGACAUAAUAAACAUGUACUGAGAGAAAAAAGAAUGGUGUUUGGUUCA